AUGAAGUCCUCCGACCCCGUCCGCCCCAGCAGCCGGCGCGGCGCAUCAGGGGCGUGGAACAGGCUCAAGCCUGUCCGUGAAGACGUGCUGGAGUCGUACGGGCUGCCCAGCAAAGGGGAGACACGACUCAACGACUUCAAAACGCAAGAAACAUUCCUAAACCGCAUAACAGAGCGGUACAUGAAGCUGUGCGCCCUCAACCGCAGCGACCUGGACACGCUCUUCGCAUCCGCCAACCCCAGUCCGGCCAAGACCAGCCUAACGACCAACAUGUCGAACCUCUCGCUCUCGAAGCACGCCCCUCGGCCACCCAAGCCCGCACCCCUCAGCGGCGGCAACUCCCCCGCGCUCCUCGCAGCCUCGAAGCUCUCCGCGCAAGAACUCUCCACGGUCCUCUCGGCGCUGCGCAAACUCCGCGAAGCAGUCACCGCCUCGGCCCGGCACGACGCGUUCGCGCAGCGCGUGUACUUCUUCGCGAUCCACGUCAGCAUCCUGUGCUCGGACUGGGCGUCGUACACCCCGGCUCUCCACACCCUGCUCUACAGCCUGCACCCCCGCGCGCCCCUCUCCCGCAGCCAGCUCGCCGAGUACGCCAGCUACCAGAUCUUGGACCAAGCGUGUCGGCAGGGCGAUGUAGCGGGUGCGCGCGAGACAAAGGUACGGUUCGGCGUGAGAGAUGGCCGCGUUGAGGCGCUGCUGCAGAGUCUCGUUAGUGGGAACUGGGUGCAGUUCUGGCGCGCGAAGAGGGGGGUCGAUGGGUAUCAGCGGGCGAUUGUGGGGAUGGCGGAGCAGGAGGUUAGGGUGAAUGCGCUGAAGGUGGUUGGGAGGGGGUAUUUGAGUGUGGACAGGCGGUGGGUGGAGGAUGCGACGGGGAGGCGGUGGGAGGAGUUGGUUGCGGAUGGGGUGGGGUGGGUGGAGGAGGGGGGAAGAUUGUUGUUAGGAGGGGGAGGGGGGGGCGGUGGUGGUGGUGGUGGUGGUGGUUGA